UUCGUUCCCAACAUUUUUCGCAAAACAAUGUUGGCUAACUCAACUCCAUUUCCAAGCUUUGGCUUGCCAAGACUUGAUGAGCCUUUCAUGAACUGCAACUACAAAGAAACUGGAACUUCAGAAUCAUUCUUAUGUUUUCCUUCUUCCCAGCAAUUAAUUGAUCUUGAUGGCCCAACAAGUGCUUUAAGUGGUGAUCAAGAAGCUUUCAAGAAACUGAAUCACAACGCAAGUGAACGUGAUCGAAGAAAAAGAUUGAAUGAUUUGUAUUCCAUUCUUCAGUCUCUACUUCCUGAAAGGGAUAGAACGAAGAAAUUAAGUAUCCCAGCUACUGUUUCUUGUGCACUCAAGUAUAUACCAGAGUUGCAGAAGCAUGUCCAGAAAUUAACACAGAAGAAAGAAGAUAUAUUAUCAAGUAUCUAUAAGCAAGGAGAUACCAUCAAACUUCACAAGCAAGGGAAAGGUACCGGCGGGGGAUCAUUGCCGAGUGUUUCGGCCAGUAAAGUCGACGAAAGAGAAAUUAUUAUUCAGAUUUGUGCAUCCAAAUCCAAGAACAUUCCUCUUUCUGAGGUUUUAGUUGAUUUGGAAGAAGUAGGGGUUCAAGUCCUGAGUGCUUCAACUAAUGAAUCUAAUGGGGAAAAGGUCUUCUACAACCUCCAUCUUCAGGGAAACGAAACUCAGAGAAUGGAAUCUGAGGUGUUGAGUCAGAAGCUCAAGUUGAUGUAUCAAAAUAGAGAAGAGUUGAAUUCAUCAUAUUUGACUACAAAGGCAGAACCAGAACUUUAAAAGUAAAAUGCAAUGAGGAAGAAAUUUGAAAGCUUCACCAAAAAGAAUGAAAAUGGAGUGGCUGAAAAUUUUUAAUCCUAUGACAUACAUAAUUCUUGUACAAUUGGUUUGGGGUGUUUUUUUGCUACGUGUCUCAUGUUCAGUGGAUUAAGCCUACCUCAAAGAUUGCCCACCAAAAUUAGAAAGAUGAAGCAACCCUUAACCGUCUGAUCAGUAGUUUAUUUGAAGCUUCUAAAUUCAUUUUUCACCAACUUUUCAAUAAUUAAAAAGGAAAAAAAAAGAUACACUAUUGUGA